UCGGCUCCCGCGAGGGCUGUGCGCCGCCGCCGGGGACUGGGCGGCCAUGGCGGGACCCGGCAACCCCGGCGGUCCCUCCGCGCCCGCCGCCGUCUGGAAGCGCCACAUCGUGCGGCAGCUGCGGCAUCGGGACCGCACGCAAAAGGCGCUCUUCCUGGAGCUCGUGCCGGCUUAUAACCACCUCCUAGAGAAGGCUGAACUGCUAGCCAAGUUCUCUGAAAAGCUGAAGUCAGAGCCAGGGGAUGUCACCCCCGCCCCGCAUCAGGACUGCUGGGGCCAGGUCUCCUCAGCAGCCUCUCUGAGGAUGAAAUGGAAGCAGGAGGAGAAGGAACUGCAGCUGGUCUGUGGUGAGAUGGCCUACCAGGUGGUGAAGAAGAGCGCAGCCCUAGACACUCUGCAGUCACAGCUGGAGGAGCGCCAGGGCAGGCUGGAAGCCCUGCAGGCCUGCGUGGUACAGCUAGGCGAGGCGCGGGCGCAGCAGUCCCGGCAGCUGGAGGAACUGCAGGCGGAGAAUGCGGUGCAGAGAGAAGCCUACCGGGCGCUGCUAGAGCAAGCCGCACACCAGGAGGCCGCACUGCGCAGGCUCCAGGAGGAGGCACGGGACCUGCUGGAGCGGCUUGUGCAGCGUAAAGCACGUGCCGCUGCGGAGUGCAAUCUGCGUAAUGAGCGUAGAGAGAGGGCCAACCAAGCCCGGGUGUCCCAGGAGCUGAAGAGAGCGGCUAAGCGGACCGUGAGCAUCAGCGAGAUCCCAAACGCUCUAGAAGGUGGGACCAGGGAGGAGCCUGUGCCUCCAUCUCCUGUCACUACACCUGAGUUCCUGGAGAGUGAGACGAGUGAGAAAUGGAAGAGGCCUUUCAGGUCUGCCUCGGCCACCUCUCUGACACUGUCCCGCUGUGUGGAUGUGGUGAAGGGGCUGCUGGACUUCAAGAAGAGGCGAGGUCACUCAGUUGGGGGUGCCCCUGAGCAGCGGUACCAAAGCAUCCCUGUGUGUGUAUCUGCUCAGAUUCCUACCCAGGCUCAGGAUGUCCUGGAUGCCCAUCUCUCUGAGGUCAAUGCUGUUUGUUUUGGCCCCAACAGCAGCCUCUUGGCCACUGGAGGGGCUGACCGGCUUAUCCACCUCUGGAAUGUCGUGGGAGGUCGCCUGCAGGCCAACCAGACCCUCGAAGGAGCCGGUGGCAGCAUCACCAGUGUGGAUUUUGACCCCUCGGGCUCCCAGGUUUUGGCAGCUACUUACAACCAGGCUGCCCAGCUCUGGAAGGUGGGGGAGACACAGUCCAAGGAAACACUGUCUGGACAUAAGGACAAAGUGACAGCUGCCAAAUUCAAGCUAACAAGGCAUCAGGCGGUGACCGGGAGCCGAGACCGGACUGUGAAGGAAUGGGAUCUGGACCGUGCCUGCUGUUCCAGGACCAUCAAUGUACUUUCCUACUGUAAUGAUGUGGUGUGCGGGGACCACAUCAUCAUCAGUGGCCACAAUGACCAGAAGAUACGGUUCUGGGAUAGCAGGGGCCCCCACUGCAUCCAGGUCAUCCCUGUACAGGGCCGGGUGACCUCCCUGAGCCUCAGCCACGACCAGCUGCAUCUGCUUAGCUGUUCCCGAGACAAUACACUCAAGGUCAUUGACCUGCGAAUCAGCAAUAUCCGGCAGGUGUUCAGGGCGGAUGGCUUCAAGUGCAGUUCUGACUGGACCAAAGCUGUGUUCAGCCCUGACAGAAGCUAUGCACUGGCAGGCUCCUCAAAUGGAGCCCUGUACAUCUGGGAUGUGGACACUGGGAAACUGGAGAGCAGCCUACAGGGACCCCACUGUGCUGCUGUCAAUGCUGUGGCCUGGUGCUUCUCUGGGAACCAUGUUGUGAGUGUGGACCAAGGCAGGAAGGUGGUGCUCUGGCACUAGGGGCACAGUUUGUUUCCCUGUAUGGACUGGAACUCUGUUCUGAAGCCAGAGGACAGCCUUCUUCUGAUCAGGACUCCAGAGCUGGGGUUUGAUUCAACUGUAGAUGUUAUAUGAGGGCCUGGCAGGACCCGGCCUGUUUGUUUAAAAUCAAAGUGUGGAUUAGGGAUUACAAUUUAAAAAAAAAUCUCUAUCUGUUUAUUUUCCUCAAAGUGGGAAAACAAACCAAACAAACAAACAACUACCUGUGUCUUGCCUCUUUGAAACAUUUGGGGGGUACAGGGAAAUUGGCUGUUACAGUCUAACCGUGGAAUAGCAUUUAGGAAGGCCCACGCAGGGGCAGGGAUAGCAGUCUCUCUUGGGGCUAGUGGAUGGUCCUGGUGGAAAGGGGCCUGGUAAGCUAGAGUGACAUCAGAGUACUUGGUCGGAGGCCUGCCUGAAGACCGGGACCAUGCUCUGGCCUGCAUCCCAUCUGGACAGUGGGCUACCUGCCUCCUGCCACUAUCUCCUCCCUUGCAUGUUAGCUCUGCCUUCACAGUGACUGGACUGCUGAGUCUGCUGCCCCUCUCCACAGGUGCCUUACUCCUCUAGCCUUGUCCUCACCAGAAGCAGUUUCCUUAGCGUUUUGUUGUUACUGUUUUGGACACAGUCAUGUUCUGCAACCCUGGCUAGUCAGGUACGCAUGGAAUAGCUUAGAGUAGGCUCAGAGCCUAGGAAAUGUGGCCUCAGCCUCAGUGCCCACACUGCAUCCAUGGCGUCAGGGUCAGCGUGGUCAGAAGUCCAGCACUGUGUCCUACAGUGCUUCUUCCUCUGCCUUCAAUGUCCCUGUCCUUCCCAUGGCAAUUCAGGAUGUCUUUUGGGAUCCCUGUAUUGACAGCCUACCCUCACCUGCCAGUUGGGUAAGAGUCCUUUUUCCCUCACCUCCAGUUUACCCCCCUUAUUAAAUCUGGGAGCAAGUCUAGGAGUGGGAACAGUAUUCCCUGCAUCCAAGCCUGGCUCAGAAGCCACAGGAAACGCUUCCUGAGUGGUCACAUUCUCUUGUUCAGCAAGUUCAACAUCCAAGGUUCCAGGAAUGGGACAUUCCUAGAGUUCAGACCUCGUCCCCAGUCUUGGCACAGCUCUCAGUGGCCACUAGGGGUUGUCUGGUUAAGUUUUGUUUUUUCCCCUGGGAAAGGCUAGCACUCCCAAUGGCCACCAUUAUUGAGGAUCACCCAGGCCUCAGCCUUGCUCUGCUCUCUGCAGCCUUGUUUCUCCCAACCACUUGUGAUGGAUCAUGUUCUACCAAUGAGAAGUGGGGCUUGAAGGUUGCCAUUCAGGUUCACACAACGACCAACACAGCUGAAUUGUUCUGCAUCAUAGUCCUUUCUUCUGAAACAUGGCCUAUGUAGCUGAGUAUGACAGUGAAUGUAUGAUUCUCCUGCCUGUGCCUCCACCUCCUAAAUGCUGUCAUUACAGAUGUGUACCCUCAUUCCAUACGGUCCCCUAUGACUGAACUUCAGGGCUCUACAUCUUCAACCCACACCCUUUUUUUAAAAAAAAAUUAUUUUAGGUGUAUGAGUGUU